AUGUAUCGGGUUUUGGAUGCAAUGUCUUCUAAUGAGACUGAGAAUAUUCUCCUGUGUUAUCCUUUACAUCCAGACUCUUGUCCUAGAGCUCAUCGUCUUACUGUAGUUAAAGUGACAAUGUACACUGUAAUGUUACUUAUAAUCCUCAUGACAGUUUUUGGGAAUCUGCUGAUCAUCAUCUCCAUCUAUUACUUCAAACAGCUUCAGUCUCCAACUCAUCUGAUCGUUCAGUCAUUGGCUGUGUGUGACUGUCUGCUGGGUUCACUGGUGAUGCCCUACAGUAUGGUGCGAGCUGUAGAGGGCUGCUGGUUUUUGGGAGAUGUUAUUUGUAAAGUUCAUUCUAGCUUGGACAUGACCCUCUGUAUUUGUUCUUUAAUACAUCUUAGUUUAAUAUCUAUUGAUAGAUACUGGGCCAUCUGUGACCCUCUGAAGUACAAAAUGAGGAUCACAAACAACACUGUGACUGUAUUUAUCACAUUUACAUGGAUCUUUUCAUUUAUGUACUGCUUUAGCAUUGUGUUUUCAGGGGUAAAUGUUGUUGGUAUGGAAGCUUUUAUAUUACAGAUGUAUUGUUUUGGUGGCUGUGUUCUGUUUUUAAACAAAGAAUGGGGACUAACUAGUGUAAUCUUGUUAUUUAUUAUUCCAGGAACUAUAAUGAGCUCUCUGUAUAUCAUCAUAUUCAAUGUUGUGAAAAAACACGCAAAGGUUUUGUCAGUGAAAGUGUCUAUGACCACCACAGGUGUUAACAGUCAAAGCUCUGCACACAGAGAAAGAAAAGCAGCUAAAACUCUGGCUCUUGUUAUGGGCGUUUUCUUUCUCUGCUGGCUGCCCUGUUCUAUUGUCAAUGCUGUCGACCCUUUCCUUAAUUUUGUGACCCCAGGCGUUGUUUUUGAGGCUUUAAUUUGGUUUGCAUAUUUUAACUCAGCUUGUAAUCCUUUGAUUUAUGGAUUUUUUUAUCCUCGUUUUCAGAAGGCCUUUAAGACUCUCAUAUUCACUUAUAUCUGUGGAUUCAAUCAUUCACAUACUCUGACAUUUGAAUGA